UUAGAUCAGAUUGGAAUUUACCCGGGAAUGAUAUCUGAUUUCAUAUUUAAUCGUUUAUGUUUUAACUUUUUAUUUAAAGGGGCAUUUGAAUAAUGAAAAUGGGAACUAGAAGAAAAUUUAGCACUGAAACAUUGGUUGGUCGUAUGCAGAAGUCUUCACAGCGUGGAAACUCAGAAAGAGAAAAUGGGUCUAUCGUCCGGAUAAAGCUCGAUAAUUUUUUAACAUACGACUCUGUGGAGUUUCUUACUGGACCAUCCCUAAAUGUAAUAAUUGGUCCCAAUGGUACAGGAAAGAGCUCUAUUGUUUGUGCAAUAUGCUUGGGGCUUGGGGGAAAGACAGGACUUUUGGGUCGUGCCCAGCAGGUGGGAGAUUACAUUAAAUACGGAUGUCCAAAGGCAAAGAUUGAACUGGAAUUGUAUAAUAAAAAUGGAGAAAAUUGGAUAAUUUUAAGAGAGAUACAAAAGAACAAUAACUCUUCUUGGACAGUGAAUGGAAGAUCAGCCACCAUGAAAUCGGUGGAUGAACUGGUGGCAAAUCUAAACAUUCAGGUUGGAAACCUCUGUCAGUUCCUUCCACAAGAAAAAGUUGCAGACUUUGCUAAAAUGACUCCUGAAGAUUUGUUGGAGAACACGGAAAAAGCUGUUGGUAUACCAGAAAUGUUUGAAAACCACCAGCGUCUGAAACAAUCCCGGACUGAGGCUAAAUCGCUGGAAAUGAACUUUAACAGCAUGAAAGAGAGGCUGGAGAACCUACGUCAGAGAAAUGCCCGCCUCGAGCAAGACGUCAAGAACUUUGAAGAGCGGGAAAAGCAUCUUGAUAAUAUAAGAAUCCUGCAGAUGAAGAGGCCUUGGCUGGAAUAUGAAUCGCACAGACAACAACAUGAGGAAGUGAAGAAAUACAAAGAUAAAAAGGUAGAAGAGUUGAAAGCUGCCAGGUCAAAGCUAUAUCCUCUGGAUAAGAAAAUUGAUGCCCUCAAGAAAAAGAAAGAGGAAAUGGAUGCCCAAAUGAAAUCAAAGACUGAUGUUUUAAGGAAGUUUGCCAAUGACGCUCAUGCAAACAGCAAAGAAAUAGAAAAGCAUGCAGAUCAGUUUGGAGAGGUUCAAGAUCUUCUAAAGCAAAAGGAAAGUGAAGAAGAAAGCAGAAAAAGAAGAAUCACAGAUCUAAGGAGACAGUUGGAUGCCCUGGAGGAAGAACUCCGGACCUCAGUGGAAACCACAAACAUACAGCCCCAGCUUGAGGAGACAACUAAUGAGAUGAGAGCCACUAACCACAGGAUGACCGUCUUAGCCCAGGAUGGGGACAGGGUGCGGAGGGAAAUUGACGGCCUGAAGCGACAGAUUGAAGGUUACCAAAAGGAACUGAAAGAAAUUCAAAACAUUGAGAAUCGAAAACUAGAAAUGUUGCGAAAUAAACACAAGCCCACUUACGAUGCUGUGAUGUGGUUUAAGGACAACCAGAACAGAUUCCAAGGACAGGUUCAUCUCCCCCUUCUCUUAUCUGUAAACCCAACCAGCCCAGCUGUAGCAAAAUACAUAGAGAUGACUAUAAGUGCCAAUGACAUGAGGGCUUUCAUUUUUGAGAACACGGCAGACUACAAUGAGUUUAUGAGUGAAGUCAGAGAUAGGCAGAAUCUGAAAGUGAAUGCACUGAAGGUGCCCCCUCAACCGCUCAGUAGCUUCAGAUCAAAACACAACAUUUCUCAUUACAGUCAGUUUGGUUUUGUAAACUACAUGAAUGACUACAUAGUUUGUGCUGAGGGGGUCAGAAGGUACUUGUGUGCCCAGUACCAUGUCCAUAACAUUCCCGUAGGAACCCGACGAACCAAAGAUCUUGUGGAGGAAAUCAAACUGCGAUGUCCAGAACUGAGACUGUUUUAUACAGAUGAAUACCAGUACUCCUGUCGAGUUUCUAAAUAUGAUAAGUCUGUGUCAUCAAGAAGCACCAAAAUCAGAGACCCUCAAUGGAUGUCUGCCUCUGUGGAUGCUUCCAGGAUUCAAGAAAUAAACAAUGAGAUUAAGAGUUGUCAGGAGCAGAGGAAAGAGAACGAGAAUAACUACAAUGCCCUCCAGAAAGAGUCACAGGAAUUGGAGACAAAGAUGAACAGACUGCGGGAACAGAAAAAAAACUUAAUGCAAAUGAAAGACAAAAAAAAGAGGCUCCAAUCUCAGAUUGAAUCCAAAAAGCAAAGGAUACAGACGGAGGAAGCAGAGGCCAUAGAUCUUGAUGCAGAGAACAGAGCUGCUGACAAGAAGAAGAAAGCCCUCAAUGUCAAGAUGUGUGUCUGCCUGCAGAAAAUGAAGGACAACACAAAGGAAUGUUUGAAUCUCAGUGUAGAUAAAGUUCGGUUAAGUCUAAAACAUGCAUCGAUAGUUCGAGACUUGGAGAAUCUAGAGAACUCAAAAAGAGAGCAGUCCCACUCCAUGCAAGACUUGGAGAGAGAAUUUGAGGAAGCUAAAGAAAGAGUACGAGAUAUUAAAGAGAGGGCAAAGCGGUUGUUACAGACUGCCAAGAGAGCUACUGGAACAGCUGAAAAUGAAGAGCUCUCUCAAGAUAUCAGAACGCUUUUUGAGAGAGUGAGAGCCCAUACUGUGGAGGAGAUAGAUGAGGCCAUUCAUGAACAGGAAGCACGAGCGGAUUCUCUCUAUCAGACGGACGAGAGGGUCGUACAAGAAUAUCGAGAUCGCAAGGCAGAGAUAAGUAAAUUGGAGUCGGAUGUGGAAAACAGAGAACGUGCUCUGAGUGGCCAUCAGGAGAAGAUUGAGGAAAUCAAGCGACAAUGGCUGGAACCCUUACGCGAACUGAUGGAAAAGAUCAACGAGAACUUUGGGUACUUCUUCUCCUGUAUGAAAUGUGCUGGUGAAGUGGACCUCAGUGUACCAGCCAAUGAAGAGGAUUAUGAGAAGUAUGGCGUUCGAAUCAAAGUAAAAUAUAGGGACGCGGAGCAGCUACGUGAGCUGAACAUGUACCACCAGAGUGGAGGCGAGCGGAGCGUGGCGACCGUUCUCUACCUGCUUGCUCUCCAGGAACUCGCCAAGUGUCCGUUCAGAUGUGUCGACGAAAUCAACCAGGGCAUGGAUCCGGUGAAUGAGAGGAAAGUGUUUGAACUGGUUGUCCAGACUGUUUGUCAGAAGUCCAGGUCACAGUACUUUCUGCUGAGUCCCAAGCUCUUGCCCGACAUGAACUACGCCGGCAACAUGACGUACCUUUGUGUCUACAAUGGACCGCACAUGUUGAACCACAAGAACUGGGACCUUAAGAAGUUCAUCCAGAGACGAAGGAAGUUAGAAAACGAUGACUGAAGAACAAAGUAAUAUGAGAACUUGCAGUCUUUUUCAAGAGAUAUGUGUAAACUUGUGCACUUGUAAACUAGUUGUGCAUAGAUGUAAGGAAACAUUGCAAACAGAAGAAGGCCAUGAUCAUUAUUAUGAGUUAUUUCCCAUGUAUAAAGCAUGGACUUAGUCUUCUUUUUUUUAAUCUUGUGAAAUUUUUGCAGUGAGGGAGUGAGAUUUCUUGAGAAGCAAUAGAUAUGAUUAUAAUGAUAUUUAGAUUAUAAUGAUCGAUAUUUAUUACAGCGAAGAACAGUCUAGUCAAUUUUAAUCAUUGUGUAUGAGAGAGUUUUAAAAAUAUUCCAUUUCUUACUUUGUGUAUUGUGAUGAUCAGAAAGAUAGCAAGAAAUUCAAAUGAGUAUUUAUUUAGAUCUACAUUUCCACUUGUAUUCACCUGAAUUCAUGAAAAGGUAACAGUGCUUCAAGUUAUUGAAUACAUGUUGUCUGCAAACAUUCACAAUAUAUAGUUGAUGUGCAUCAGUAUUUAGAACUAAGGAAACAAAUUUGAAACGAAGAUUGAUAUUCAGUUUGGCUGAUUUGACCAUAUCUAUUAAAUUAUACUUCCUAUUUUAAAAAAAUAAUAAGGGUAAGAUUUCAAAAUUGAGCUGUCAUUUUGAUUUGGACUUACCUCUUAUCAAAUACUGAGUAGAAACUUUUGAAAUAAAUUCUAUAUUGUCUUCCUCAAUACUUCAUGUGUACAUUUUAAGUGUAGAAGUAAUAUUUAUAGCCCCAAAUCAUGAUGCAAUUGUUUAUAAAAGAAGACAGGAGUUCGGUAAUCUCAGUUUAAAGGAAAUUUCCAAUUGUCUUGAUAAAUGUGAAAUAAUUUAGGACUUCAUACUUAGUUGACAAUAUUUUUGAAGCAUUUAUAAAAAAAAAUUGAAAUAUUUUGUCUUUAUGACCAGUUCAUUUAAAACUCGUCGUACAUUUAUGUAUUCCUUUUGAUGAUGAGAAAUUUAAUGUGUUAUGUUAUUACAUGAGCGGAAGUUAAAUAAUCGAUAGAAAUGUGUUCAGUAUAAGGUGUUCAAAUGUUUAUUAACUCUUUGUUUUUACUUGGUACUUUCCUCCAUUUUAUCAAGACUUUUUAACAUUUUUUCCCAAACUAUAAUCACAGUUCUUUUCACUUUGAAACCAAGAUAUACAUUGUAAAGAGUUAAGUUGGACAAAUGGCGAGGUGUCAUCAACACAUGUUGAUACGUAUGUGUGACUAGUGCUACUCCACAUGUGAUCUGCCUUGACCCGUUUUACGUGUAUUUACAAUAAAAAGAACGAAUGUUUC